GGUGCCAUCGGUGUUCACCCCGCCGAGCUUCUUACAAAGCUUCCAUCUCGAAGCUGCAAUCGUCAUUUCUCCUCAAACAAAUGCCAUCCAUACAUAAAAGUUUAAUCAUCAGAUUUACUGUCCGUUGAUUGAAGGAAAGUGAGCAUUCGUGCAUAUAGUAUUAUCAAUCAAACUCAUUGUCCCAUCUCGCUGUCUCAUCUCGCAAUUUCCAUUAAAGCUUCUUAACAUGCUGUGUUCCCCUUGAUCUCGCACCCCUCAUUCACAUCACAGAUUCUCAAUCAACGUCCACUCAUCCUCUACGACAAGUUUUGUCCAUUUUAAGUUGUACAACUAACAAUACAAACAUGCCUCCAUCCAGCAAUUUCUUCAGCAUCAUCGCCGGUGUUGGUGCAGGUACUGGCCAAUCCGUUGCCCUCAAGUUCGCCCUCUCCUAUCCCGUCGUGCUUCUAGCCCGUGAUCCCGCCAAUUAUGAACCUACUGUAAAAGCCAUCACCUCAUCUGGUGGACAAGCAAUCGGAAUAAGCACUGAUGUCUCUGAUCCCUCUUCCGUGUCCAACGCAUUCGAAGAAAUCAAGAAGCAAUACGGUUCUAAGAAAUUGGCAGCUGCCGUCUACAAUGUUGGGGGCAAGUUUGUGAGGAAGCCAUUUUUGGAGUUGAGUUUGGAGGAUUAUGAGGCGGGAUAUGAGAGCAAUGGAAAGGGAUUCUACCUGUUUGCACAGAAAGCCUUACCCCUCCUUCUGGAUUCCGUGGCCGACUCUCCACAUCCACCCUCCCUAAUCGUUACAGGAGCUACAGCAUCAUUGAGAGGCGGUGCUCUAAUGUCAUCAUUCGCAAGUGGUAAAUUUGCUUUGAGAGCAACCACACAGAGUUUAGCCAGAGAGUUUGGUCCUCAAGGUGUACAUGUUGCGCAUGCGAUCAUUGACGGUGUAAUUGAUAUUCCCAGAACGAAGGAAUGGAAAGCGAAUGGAGGAGUUGAGGACGGAAAGAUCAAGCCUGAUGCUAUUGCGGAUGCAUACUGGUAUUUGCACACACAACACAGAUCACAUUUCACCCAGGAAUUGGAUGUUAGGCCAUAUGUUGAGAAGUUUUGAUUGGGGAUGACAUGUAUUUCUAGUAGCUUUAUCAAGUUGCGCCGAUUGAUUCUUGGGCGAUCGUCAAUUACCUCCCAUAGCACGAGUAGAUAGCAUAAUUAUAAAACAACAAUGAUGUCCCUUGCCAUCAAACUCUCGUUCUUCA